ACGCGACCACAAUGUCUCGCAUCCAAACACAAACACAAACACACCACCACAUAUACUAUAAUCAGCGCCAAACCCAUAGACACCGCUCUUCCUUAAAAACCCAUUCUCCUAUUAUUACUAUGACUUCCUUCUACCUCUCCCACAAUUAAACCCUCCUUCCUACUGUGUAGUUGUUUUACAACGUUAUAAUACUAAAAGAUUGUUAGUUUUUGCUUCGAUCUGUUCCAAUUUUGAGUUCACUUCUUCCAAAACUAUGAGCUUCUCUAGACUUGGUCGUUCCUUGUCACGAUCUUCUCGCUCCAGAAAUUUGUUGUGUGGGGGUAAUGGAGGGAGAUCGGCGAUCGUGAACGAAGCGCUUUUGGGAGUGCCACGUGUCAAUGACCCGGUGGAUUUGGGGUUAGGGUUUUUGAGGCGGUACUUAGCUACACUUGGAGCUCACAAACGCUUCGUUUCCAAGGCUUAUUUGUCUGAUUUGAACCAUGUUCUUGCUAACCCUAGAUUACGUCGGUUUUUCUCCAGUGAAGCCCCAAAGAAAAAGAAUUAUGAGAACUUUUAUCCCAAUGAGAAGAAGGAAAUUCCAAAAGGAAACGGGCGGAAAUCAGAGUCCAAAGAUGACUCAAAGACCGAUGAUCAUGGGAAUUUUCAAGAAGCUUUCAUGAAGCAAUUUCAGAAUUUUAUCACUCCUUUACUAGUGAUUGGGCUAGUUCUUUCUUCCUUUUCAUUUGGUCCUCGUGAACAGCAACAGAUUAGUUUUCAAGAGUUCAAAAACAAGCUUCUGGAGCCCGGUUUGGUGGACCGUAUAGUUAUUUCUAAUAAAUCAGUUGCGAAGAUUUAUGUGAGAAGCUCGCCACAAAAUCAAACAAGUGAUGAUGUUGUGCAGGGACCUGUUAGUGGCUCCCCUGCAAAAGGAAAUGGGGGCCAGUAUAAAUACUAUUUUAACAUUGGAAGUGUUGAAUCUUUUGAGGAGAAGCUAGAGGAAGCCCAGGAAGCAUUAGGGAUAGAUUCUCAUGAUUUUGUUCCUGUAACAUAUGUCUCCGAAAUGGUUUGGUACCAAGAAUUAAUGAGAUUUGCACCAACUCUCUUGAUUUUGGGAUCCCUACUGUAUAUGGGGCGGAGAAUGCAAGGUGGGCUUGGUGUUGGUGGUGGUGGUGGUGGAAAGGGUGCCCGUGGAAUUUUCAACAUAGGAAAAGCCCAUGUUACAAAAGUAGAUAAAAAUGCCAAGAAUAAGGUCUAUUUUAAAGAUGUUGCUGGCUGUGAUGAGGCAAAGCAAGAGAUCAUGGAAUUUGUGCACUUCCUAAAGAACCCAAAGAAAUAUGAGGAUUUGGGAGCAAAAAUUCCAAAAGGUGCUCUCUUGGUAGGUCCCCCAGGUACAGGAAAGACUCUUCUAGCAAAAGCGACUGCAGGGGAAUCUGGUGUGCCUUUUCUCUCCAUUUCUGGUUCAGAUUUCAUGGAGAUGUUUGUCGGUGUUGGACCGUCCAGGGUGAGAAACUUGUUUCAAGAAGCAAGGCAGUGUGCUCCCAGUAUAGUUUUUAUUGAUGAGAUUGAUGCAAUUGGUCGAGCAAGGGGGCGUGGGGGCUUCUCAGGUUCUAAUGAUGAGCGUGAAAGUACUCUAAAUCAGCUGCUGGUAGAAAUGGAUGGCUUUGGAACCACUGCUGGUGUUGUUGUGCUUGCUGGCACUAAUAGACCUGAUAUUUUAGACAAAGCUCUGUUGAGGCCUGGCCGAUUUGAUCGCCAAAUUUCCAUUGAUAAACCUGACAUUAAAGGUCGUGACCAGAUAUUUAAGAUCUACUUGAAAAGGAUUAAACUUGAUCAUGAGCCAUCAUAUUUCUCUCAAAGGCUUGCAGCUCUGACUCCUGGCUUUGCUGGAGCAGACAUUGCAAAUGUCUGUAAUGAAGCUGCUCUAAUUGCUGCUAGGGGUGAGGGAACACAGGUCACAAUGAAACAUUUUGAGGCAGCUAUAGAUAGGAUUAUUGGUGGUCUGGAGAAGAAGAACAAGGUGAUAAGCAAGCUGGAGCGACGCACUGUUGCCUACCAUGAAUCAGGUCAUGCUGUUUCUGGCUGGUUCUUAGAACAUGCAGAACCCUUGUUGAAAGUCACAAUUGUUCCUCGUGGUACAGCAGCUCUUGGAUUUGCCCAAUACGUUCCUAAUGAAAACCUUCUCAUGACUAAGGAGCAGCUUUUCGAUAUGACAUGCAUGACCCUUGGUGGUCGGGCUGCUGAACAGGUGCUAUUGGGGAAGAUCUCGACAGGAGCCCAAAAUGACUUGGAAAAGGUGACAAAGAUGACCUAUGCUCAAGUAGCAGUGUAUGGUUUUAGUGACAAGGUGGGCCUCCUCUCUUUUCCUCCAAGGGAUGAUGCAUUUGAGAUGACCAAGCCCUACAGCAGCAAGACUGCAGCAAUUAUUGACAAUGAAGUGCGAGAUUGGGUGGGCAAGGCAUAUGAACGCACAAUCCAACUCAUAGAGGAACACAAAGAACAAGUGGCUGAAAUCGCUGAGCUGUUGCUUGAAAAGGAAGUUCUUCACCCAGAGGACUUGCUUCGAGUUUUGGGUGAACGACCUUUCAAAUCAAGUGAGAUUACAAAUUAUGAUAGAUUUAAGCUAGGUUUUCAAGAGGAAGAUCAGAAGACUGUAGAGACCCCUGCUAGCGCGUCUGAGGAGGAGGAUGGGUCUUCACCCCUAGAGCCUCAAGUCGUUCCCACUUGAUUACUAGGGACGUUCGUUUGUAAUUGUAAAUGAAUUGUUUUUCAUUUUCUUAAUGUGGACAAAAUAUGUAUAAUUGAUUAUAGUGUCAUCUUUGCUUCAAAAGGUGACUUCGGAAUAGAUAUUUCUUGUAAUUUGUCAGCUGCUAAUGCUAUACCAAAAUUCUCUUUUUUAUGUUCC